UGGACAAGCGGGCGUAAGAAGGAAAAAGCGAAGGAGCUGCGGGCAGGUGUCAAACGAUAACGCCAAGUGAUAACGCUCAUCACCACCAACACCCCAUCAAUCACCCUGCUGCACGAAUCGGAAGGCCGGAAUUAAACGAAAUUAAAUUAGCAACAACAGCAACAACAACAAAAAAACUCCGCAACGAAAGAAGACGAAAACGACGAACCCUUUAAUUCCACGACAAAAGACACGACGAUCGAACCAGAAGCAAAGGGAGAUAGAUGGAGUUUUUCCAUUGAGAGCUGUGUAAUAGCAAGACUGACAUCAAAAAGACACAUCGUGCUUGAGGAGCACAAAGGAAGGAUAAAUUGAUAACCAUCAUUUAUUUCCCCUCGGAUGAAAGACGUCACUGAACGCUUCUUAUGAUUGGUUGUAUGCACACAGGGAACGACGGAUCGUGUCCUACAUGCGGCACAUACUUACAUCCUCAUAAGUCAGUAGAAUCGGACUCCACACCGUCCGACGACGAAUCUACCACGAUGGAUGACAGUAACACAUCGUUUCCCGGUCCGUCCGCGCGGCCCUACCCUACCGUUGCUACACCCUCGCAAUACCCGCCGGAACCACCGGCCACCGGUGGCCAGGGUGGAAGUAUCGUCGAGGAAAAUGCGGUCCUGCUCGAGGAAAACCGGAAGCUUACGCGUAGUCUGCUAGAACUGCAAGUGGAAACGGAACGGUUAAAGCAGCAGCAGAAUCUCCUAUCCGGGUUGGGGCGGCGUCGGGACAGCCUGAGCGGACUGAGUUCCACCAGCCAACCGAUCGGCAGCAUGGGCCAAAACAGUCCCGCACCAUCGUACCGGUCGUCGGGCAACUACACCUCCGGCAUCGUAGCGGACGUGGUGCGAGAGAUACGCGACAUCUGCCGAGUGCGUGAGGAUGCGACGUUCGAGCGGUUGCGCAACCUGCAGGAAAACCACAUGUGGUCCAUCAACGAUACGCUGCAGCGUCUGGCGAAGGACGUGGACACGAUGCAGAAAUCCGUCAGCGCGGCACGCAUCGACCUGGAGAAGCUUACCAGCCGUGUGUUGCAGCUGGAAAGCAUUGUACUGCCGCAGACGGCGGUAUGUCUGGCUGGGGCGCAACACAACCACACGAUGCCACUCUCCUCGAUGCCACUGUUCGGUGGAAAUGUGCAACAGGCACUGUUGCUUCAACAGCUGCAACACCAACAGUCCAACUCCUCCCAGCAACAGCAGCAGCAGCAGCAGCAACAACAUUCCCCACAGGCAACGGUUCCUUCUCAGCAGCAGUUCCACACGUUCGGUGUGAAUGAUCGUUCGCCUCCGAACAGUGCGGGUUGCGCCGGCAACAUCAACAAUUCCACCAACAACAGCAACAACGGUGUCAAAUCCGGCAGCAAUAAUCUGCCGUCGAUGCUGCGGCUCAAUUACGGGCGGAUCGCCACCACCGACGACAUGUACGGCGGUGACACGGUUACGGUCGAGCUGGGCAAUGGAAAUUCCGGCACCAGCGGCACCACCACCUCCGUCCACGAGGCUUCCUCACGCGUGCUGAUGCUGGAGAAGGGCGAGGUGGAGCUGAGGCGCGAUCUGCAGGACGCAAUAGCGGCCAAGAACGAACAAUCGAAAAAGAUCGCCUACUUACAAAAGGUGGUAAUGGCAUUGCAGAAAAAGGUUGACUCGCAGUCGACGGAUGCACCGAACGCGGGUGGCAGCAGCAACAACAUUAGCGGCAUUGGCGUGAUCGGACCGGUGACCGAUUUGUAAAUACUGUGCCAUACAUAGCCUAUACUUUAUACAUUUUUACACCUCCGCUCCCUCCUAUCCCCUUCCUUCCCCUCCCAUUCCCUGCGGCUAUUUAUAAUCACGUUACGUAGGUUAACAGAACGGAAUCGUACUAACACACGGGGUUAAUAGGGGGGGAGAGUUUGAGGCUCUAACAAACGAAUCAGCUGCAGUGGAGCGCUAAAUUUAAGUACACCAGAUAGACAAAUGUGCGGGAAACAGUGCGUGUGCGUGUAUACACGCGGAAGGGAAGAUUCCACCACGACGCUAUCUUACGGGUAAAAUGCCUUAAAAGUGUUCACGGCGUGCUGCCACCGUGCAACCGGAACCGGUACUUAAACAUAGAACAGAGCAGGUAAUGUAACUGCGUGCAGAGUAGCCAACAUGACUGUACUAGCGUGUUUUUAAAACAAAACGAAGAAAAAACAGAAGCAGAAAAGCAAGUGAGAUUGAGGUUACGUGUUUCGAAACAUUUUGAUUGAGGAGCGAGCGCAUGGUAUGAUCGCUAUGUGCGAAACCAUUUUAAUCCGGUACGUUUUUGCUGCACAAGCUGGAAUAGGAAAGGGACAGUUUCGCGAAUCUUAUUUGUUUGAUCCAUUGGCCUUUUGUUUAAACCGUACAUAAAUGCGCCGCCUGUUGAGCAAAAAUAAGCAAAAACCUCUACUCCUUUAAUCAGAUAAUUAAAAGAUAAUCAGGAUCCUUUGCAAAAAAACCUCACAUGUAGACAGUUAGCUUUCCUAUCAUUUACUUUUACCUCAAUAUGCAUAAAUAAUCACUUACUCUGAAUAUUGUUUUAUAGUUCAAAUUACUCACCCAUCAUUAACUCAGGAGAUUUCUCACCAGGAAAGUUUAUAAAUACAAGACGAAAAGUUUUGAGAGAGGGUUUGUAUCUUGGUAACUAAUACCGUAUGCCAAUUCCUACGGUCGCAGUUAGUGCGCAGUGUUGGUGAACAUUUUGUUUUACAAAUGCAGUAAACAAUUGCUUGUACCAUCGUUAAAUGUUACUGUUUUGUGAUUUUACUUCCAUUCUCACGCUAAUGUAACUGAUAGAAUAUUCCCCAACAAAACAAAACAAUUAAUCCGUAACGCUAUGCACCAUUGCGAUAUUCGAAUAUAACACACCAUGGUUAAACCAAAUUUCAUUCACAUUACAACUGGAAUGCGCCCGUUACAUGCGAAAUUGGUUUCGUUCAGCGGCAACCAGCAGUGGCCUUAAGAAGAAAUGCGAAAAACAAAAGUUACGGUGUGUAGGUAAGUGAUCUUAACUAAAAGUGUUGUAAGUUACCGAAACAGAAGCAAAACAAAAAAAAACCAGGAAAACCAAACGGAAGAGAUUUGCAGAAGAGAAGCAGCGUGUCGCUACCGGAGCUACGGGGUUGGAUGUGAAUGGAACCCGGACGAUCGGGCGACCAAGCGACCUAAGCGAGAUUAUUUCGUGACUAGUGUUUAGUGAUGAUUCUAACGAAUAAUACAGCGGGCAGGAGAAAAAUGUUACUGACUUUACACGGAUCCAUACCAUAUAUGAUAGAUAGAGUCUAGAGCCAAAAGUUCGAAUCAAACUAUUUAUGAUUGCAGUCGUACACAAACUAUGUAAACAACAAAGC